CGGCGGGUGGACCAUGGAGUCCCCAAGGCCCUUCGCCUCGGAGUGGCGGUCUCAGCCGCUUUCCCUGGCGCUGGGUGUUUUGAAGCUGUGGCUCUGUGAGCUCUGGCUACUGCUGCUGGGUUCCGGUUUGAACGCGAGAUACUUGCCACUCGAAGAGGACGUAGACUUUAUCAAUGAGUACGUGAACCUCCACAAUGAGCUCCGGGGCGACGUCAUUCCCCGAGGGUCUAACUUGCGCUUCAUGACUUGGGAUGUAGCUUUGUCACGGACUGCUAGAGCAUGGGGGAAAAAAUGUUUGGUUACACCUAAUAUUUAUUUAGAAGACCUAAAUAUGGCCCAUCCUACAUUUAAUGGUAUUGGUGAAAAUAUCUGGAUUGGCCCUGAAAAUGAAUUUACUGCAAGUAUUGCUAUCAGAAGUUGGUAUGCAGAGAGCGUAAACUAUCAUUAUGAAAAUGACAGUUGUACUGAUCACUGUUCCCAUUAUUUGCAGCUUGUUUGGGACAACACUUAUAAGGUUGGUUGUGCUGUUUCUCCAUGUUCAAGAGUUGGACAUAUUAAACAUGCAGCAGUUUUCAUAUGCAACUAUGCACCAGGAGGAACUCUGAGGAGAAGGCCUUAUAAAGGUGGAUUAUUUUGUACUGAAUGUGGCAGAGAUGACACAUGCACAGAUAAUUUAUGCAGUAAUGCAGAUCGUGACGAAGUCAUAUAUUACCGAUUUUGGUAUCCAAGGUGGGAAGUACCCCGGCCGAUUGUGUGUGAUCCACUGUGCAUAUUUAUUUUAAUACUGAGACUACUGUGUUUUAUCCUAUGUACCAUACUAGUUUUGAUAGUACAGUACCGCUUUCCAAAUAUCUUAUUGGAACAACAGAUGACAUUUACUCCUGAUGAAUCUGAAGUAGAGGAAGAAAGAAAGUUGAAGGAAGAGAAAAUGAAAAUGAAGGAGGUAGAAGAGAAAAAGAAAGAGGAGGAGGAAGAAGAGAAAAGGAAAAUGGAGGAAGAGGAAACUGAAAAAGAAGAGAAGGAGGAGGAAGAGGAAAAGGAAGAGGAGGAAGAGGAAAAGGAAGAGGAGGAGGAGGAAAAGGCAGAAGUGGGAGAAGAAGAGGAAGAAGAGGAAGACUAGCCACUAGCAUAAGCCAAAAAUAUAAUAUGAAAAAAGCAAAUAAUAAUAAUAAAACACUGACCUUUAACAAAAAAGCAAAUAUACAGACCACUAUUGCAAUAACUUUUAUUCCUUUCUCUUUACCAGACCCAUUCAACAAAUUUAAAUUGGAAAAAAUAAGUAAACAAAAACCAUGUAUUGUGUAGUAAGUAUUGUAAGCUCUUGGACACAUAGAACGAUAAAGAUGUGAUGAUAGAAACACUAAUCUUAAGAUUUCACAAUAGUAUCCUGCUAAAGAAGGGAAUUUCCAUUUCAUAAAUAUGUUUGUAUCUCUGGUUUAGCUAUUUUGUAAUGAGUUCAUAUACCUCUCACGUAUUAGAUGAGAUUAUAUAUGUAAGGUACUUAGGACUGUUCUGGGUUCAGAACAACCAUUUAAUAAAUAUUUGUUGUUUAUAUUACUACUAUCAUAGUGGAGGAUGGUGGUAUUUUCCAUGUGAUACCAAGGCAUCUAAUAUCAUCAUUUUUGUGGUGUAUGUGUUUGGAAUGCUUGAGGUGGUACUUGUACAUCCUAUUAGGAGACAAAUUUAUCAUUUCUACUUCAUGUUCAAUAUUUCAUUAAAGCCUUGCUAUAAUUUUUUACUAAAUGAUAUAAUUUAUUGCCACCAAGGGUUCAUAAAUGCCAAAAAUUUGAUUAGUUGUGAUUGAGCAGUCUGGCUGCUUCUAAAUUUAGCUGAUGAAAUAAAACAAAUUUUUAAAAAUAGUUAAUUGUAGUUAUUCCAUAUGUGCAUUUACAGUUCAUAUAAUUAGUAAGAUAAAUGAACAACUUGUCACUUAUAAUACUAAUAAAUGAACUGAAUAAAAAUACCUAGCAUAGCAAAAUAUACCAACUGUUAUUAACUCUAUAUUUAUUAGCUCUAUUCUUUUAAUUGUGUCAAUAUUAUAUUAAAAGUCUGUUCUAAAAUGGGGCAAGAUGAGAAUUAUUUGAAAAAGCCCUGGAACCUCCUCUUGGGGGUUGAUAAUUUGGGGGAGGCGGGGAAGUGUUGUUUUUGUGGGUUUGUUUGUUUUUUUCCUUUAUUUCUUAAGUUUUGUUUUUUUUCCCAAGAACUACACUUUAGGGAGAUUAAAUUUUUUUAUUUCUAUGAAGUCAGCCUCUUUUCUACUCAGCCUCCUAACUACAUUGUAAGUAGAGAAAAGGGCUGGAUCUCUACAGUGAUUUUAUUUAUUAUUAUUAUUACAUAUUUGUAUACCACUUCAAAAGUGCUUUCACAAAAUUAUUUAAUACUCAAAACCACUCUGUUUUUUUUGUAUUGCCUCCAGUUUUAAAAUGCAAAAACUAACCUUGGAUUUGUGAAGUGAUUCAACCCAGGACUAAGAAUAAAUUCAUUUCUGAAUGUUCAGAUGCAUAUCUAGAGUCUACAUAUUCUCCAGCUAAUUUCUUGGAAUAUGAUAACUACUGGCCAGUGGUUCUUAACUGGGGGCAGUUUUGUCCCCCUCCUCCCAUCCCCCAGGACAUUUACCAAUGUCUGGAGACAUCUUUCAUUGUCACACCUGGAGAGGUGCUGGCAGGACAGCCACCCACAGCAAAGAAUUAUCUGGUCCAAAUUGUCAGUAGUGCUGAGGUUGAGAACCUCUGUCCUAGGCAUAUUUCCACCCUGGACAUGUAUGAAUUAUGGAUGUAUUGGACAUGCUAUUAUAUUUCUUUAAACUUAUACUUUCCUGGAAAUUGUUCUGCCUUCCUUUCCCCACCCCCCUCAGCUUUUCAUAUCCACAUGGUUACAAUUAGAGCAGUCACUUUGUUAUUGUGGUUUUUCUUUUGUCACGGGAUGGUUCACUGACCCCUUCUGGGCCUAAUAACAGCCCUUUGGAUUAGGGAUCCAGAUAGAUAUUCAAGGCGGAUUCUCCUGGGGAAAAAUGUCCUAGUGAUAUAUGUAUUUGUACAAGCUUUGGCUGUGCUAGGUCCUUGAGAUAAGUGUGCACAGGCUUAUAACCUAACUAUCAAUAGAUUCAACAAAGACACAAUCCUAGAAAUUGUUCUCAAUUCUGAGGAUUGUGCAGUUUAAAAAUAGUCAAAGACUGCAUUUUAGUCAGUAAACAGAUCCCAAGCUUGUAUGGCUAAACGCACAAGUGAGAAGCUGACUAAGCUGAGCCGUUACCCAUGGGAGCAAUAUAUUUUCACUGGGUUUUCUAAGGUAUUGACAUUUUUUUCUGCUUUUAGCUUUAUAACUGAGUCCCUGACAAAAACAAGAAAAAGGCUACAAGCCCAGAUUGUCCACAAAUACUCAAACUUAGAUAUCAACAAUUCAAGAAGUAGCAUUUUCUGGCACAGACAAUACAAGAGUGGAUGAACUAGGAAUAGGAAGUAUCUUACUAAGGAUGCUCUCAAUAAUUCAUAUCAACCCCAAAGCAGUGCAGUAAAUGAAAAUUAAAAUGUGCCAUUUAAGCCACUAUUACACAAAGUUGGGAGCAACAGAGCAUUAAGGGUAAUUUCCAUGUUAAAAGAAUUGUUACAAAGUUCACAUCGGAGGGCCAUUAAGACAGAUCACCAAUUGAACUGUUCACAAGAGAUCUCUGGAGUUGUGUGUGCAGGGAUAGAGAUGAAAGUUGUAACUCAAAUCAUAAAUACCCAAGUAAUUUUUAAACUUUUUUUUUUAAUUCCAAUCCUUAUUAAGAGCAGAGAUUCAGUUAUAUGUCUCCAAAAUAAGAACAUUAAAUUCUAGUAAUCUGUGACUCACUAUACAAAUGUGACUGUUAGAAUUCCAGUAGGAUUAAUAGGCUGGAUCAGUCCUGCCUCCCAUGUGACUUAGGCAGAUCUGGUGCUUAUAGAGUCCACCUCCCGAAGGAAGGAAAUCUCUAUAGAUAACAUACUUGUCAAAUUCUUUGAACAUAGGCUGGGAGGAAACAGAGUGGAGAGUUUGGUCAUGCUGUAUUUGCUGCCUGUUAUUUGGAACAUUUCUCAACACUGCCUCCUCUGGUAGGGCAGAGCAUAUAAUAAAAGAUGCGAGAUGAAGGAAAAGGUAAGUGGUAGUUCAGCCAAGCAACCCUAUUUCAGCAUUUUAAAGAACAGUGGAGAGCAAGAGAAUGUGUCCUUAGCAACCUUCCUCCAUAUGUCUGCACCCCUUAAGGAGCAAUCUUGACAGAAGACUCCAGCAUUGAGGCAGCCAUUCUGAGUCUGUAGCUAUGAACUUGGACAAAAGGCUGUCCUGGAUAGGCAAUAAUGAAUGAGCAUUGUGGAUGUGGCCAAUUUCUAAUGGGAUAGUCGUGAUUUGGAAAUAGGAGUGAGAGUAGUAGGAUACUUAAUCAGGUUUUUUUCCACCUAAAAACCCAAGGAAAAUUUUUACCUGAUAAAAUAGCCUGGCCAUGUGCAGAAAUGCCAGGCAAUUAACAAGUUUAGGAAUCUACAAGGUAAUGAAGUUUACACCAAGUUCAAGUUCCUAAAUAUGGUGGAAGGGACCUGAAAGUGGCUUUCUCUGCAUAAAUGAGUACAUUUUGUGUGUAAGCAAAAUGACGUUGCUUUUGUGGGUGGUCUCUAAAUCUUACAUGAAAACUAUAGUCUUGACAUAAUGUAGUACAGUGGUAAUUGGCUUAGGAGCCAUAAGCCAGAAAAAACAAACAACCCUGAUUUUUAUGAAUGUUGGAAGCCAAACCUCAUAUCAUCUGUUCUUGUCUCAUGUCGAUAAAAUAUAUCUACAUCACUUUUAAUGGCUGCAAAAAAUUUCCAUUGUAUGCUCUAUAUGCCUCAUAUUAUUGGACAUUCAUAUCCUUUCUAACAUACUACAUAAAUGACAGUGACUGUGGGUUGUCCAACUAGAAAUGAGAUUCCCCACUACUUUAGUUUAUUCCCACUUGCUGAGGGUGUUGGGGGCAGUUGCCCCGUUAAUCUCCCUCUCCACACAAUUCUUAGAAAGAGGGACUUACAAAUGUCCAGUACUGUUAAAGUGCUAAUUCUUCUACAAGUGACCAGCUGGUAGCAGGAGAAGAGCACAAGGACAGCUGGUUCUCUGAGUUUCUUCCACUCUACUCACUGGUCUUCUCUAGAACUUCCUCCAUCUUGUUUUCGUUUUUGGUUGCUGCUCUGGCUGCUCUCUCCUUGGGUCCAGGACUUAAAUCCAGGGCUGACUUACCCAGGAGGCACAGUAGGAAGUACCUAGGGCCCAUGAUACUUUUCAGGGCCCUCAAAAAUGUUUUCUUUAAAAAAAAAAAAAAAAUGAAUACAGUAAUAAUGAACGUAUAGUAAUUAAUCCAGCCUGGACUGUAUUUGUCUUUAUACCAACACAGUCAUAAAAUAUAAUUUUUAAUAAUGUUUUAUGGAAGAAGAUGCUCACAAAGUCAGAAGUGCCUAGGGACCAGCCCUGGCGCUUAGGCUGGUGGUUUCUUCUUGUGUUUGGUGUGCAACGCUAUCCCGCAAGACAGACAUGAGAGAGAAAAGGGAAGGAACUAGCUUGAUACUUUGAGACCAAGCCCUGCCACACACACACGUAUCUGAGCAUUUGUCCGUUUAUUGAGAUAAAUUGUUAGAACUAAGAUGUCUGGAUAAAACAGUAUACACAUGUUGAAGGCAUUUGUUAUGCCUUACCAAAGUAACUUUGGAAAAUGUUAACAAUAGGAACAGUGUAUGAGUACCUGCCUCUCCAUCCCUUCCCCAGUAUAGAGUGCUAUCAUUCUUUUUACGCUCUGUCAAUCUGACAGACUACAAAUGGCAACUCCAUAUUUUAAUUUGUGUUUUUAGUGCUAGUGAGGUUGGACUUUUUUUUCUUACGCUUAUUGGCCAUUUGCAGUUCUUGCAUUGUUUGCCCAUACAUGUUUGGAGUUUUUAUUAUUUUCUUAUUGGUAUAUAAGAAUACUUUAUAUUCGAGGAAUCCAAUCUUACUGUCAAGGAGCCCUGGUGGUGCAAAGGUUAAGAGCUCGGCUGCUAACCGAAAGGUCAGUGGUUCAAACCCACCAGCGGAUCCAUGGGAGAAAAGACCUGGCAACCUGCUCCCAUAAAGAUUACAGCCUAGGAAACCGUGUGGGGCUGUUCUACUCUGUCACAUCAUCGGUUGCUAUGAGUGAGAAUCAACUUGAUGGCACACAAUUAACCUUACUGUCAAAUGGUUGCAAUAUCUGUCCCCAGUUUGUCAUUUGCAUUUUUAUUUGCCUGUAGUGCUAUUUAGAAUCUCUCUGUGUAGCAAGAAAAAUAACCCCAGUAACCCCAGGACUAUAUCAUUAUAUCUCACAAAGAAGGAUGGACAAUCUGCCUUAUUAGCUCCAGCCCAAAUCCUAGGAAGGCCUCUGAUUGGCUUGGCAUGGAUCAUGUUCCCAUACAGAGCCAAUCACCAUAUCCAGAGAAUGCAGAAGAGGAUUGAGAAGAAUCUGAUGGCCUAAUUUAGGUCAUGUGCUCAUUCCAGUAAUUGAAGAUGGAGAGACAGGGCACCAUGAUUGACAGCCAAACCAUAGCUACAUGAAGCUAUGGGAAAAUGCUCAGGAUGCAGAAAUACCACAGUUACCAUAGUGAAAUUGCAAUAAUAUCACCUCAAUUUUUCCCAAACUGAUAGCCAGUUGUCCUGAAAUCUGUUUUUUAAUAAUUACUCCAAAAAUAAUGCUUGGGGCCCUGGCGGCUCAGUGGUUAAUAACUGUAGCUGCUAACCAAAAGGUAGGCAGUUUGAAUCGACCAGCUGCUCCUUGGAAACCCUAUGGGGCAGUUAUACUCUGUCCUGUUGAGUCGCUAUGAGUCAAAAUUGACUUGUUGGCAACGGGUUUCAUUGUUUUUUGGUUUAAAUAAUGUUCAAGUACAUAUGCCAAAAAAAAAACCACAAUUUUGGCCAGAUACAAUUUUGGAUUUGAAAAUGCUGAAUUUAACAAAGUUAAGCUUAUUUCUUUACUAUGUACCACAUAAGUUCUCAGAGCCUUUGAUAGGCUAAAUUUGAAUUAGGGAUUGCUAAACUUGGUGGUGCCCUGGUGGUGAAGUGGUUAAGAGAUCGGCUGCUAACUGAAAGGUAUACACUUAACGGCAACGGGUUGGGGUUUUUUAGUUUUAAACCGGGUUGGGGAGCCCUAGUGGUACAGUGGUUAAGUGCUUGGCUGUUAAGCGAAAGGUCAGUGGUUUGAACCCACCAGCCACUCCAUGGGAGAAAAGACCUGAUGAUCUGUACCCACAGAGAUUUACAGCCUAGGAAACUCUAUGGGGGUAGUUCUACUCUGUGCUGUAUGGUCACUAUGAAUUGUAACUGACAGCACACAACAACAACAAACUGGGCUGGGAAUUUGAAUUUACUCAGUGUUGCCUCAGAAGAAAGGCCUGGGGAUCUGCUUUCAUAAGAUUAUAGCCAAGAAAAUCCUGUGGAGUGCAGUUCUACUCUGAAGCACACAGGGUCAUUAGAAUCUACUUGAAGGCAUUAAACUGGGUAUAGAAUAUGUAGUGUUCCAUGCUUACAGUCAUCAAGCAGUUUCUCACAUAUCUGCUGUGCUUUUGAGAGAACAUUGGUAAAAUGCUGCCAUGUAUUAAAUUCUUAGAAACACUUGCAUUUCUUUUUGGACUUUCGUUUUAUUCCAUUGAUCUGAUUAGUUAAGAUUGAUAGUGAGAUGUGGAUUACAUUGAGAUGCUAUUAACUAAGAGACCUAGGAAUAUCACACCCAUCACACUCCACUUUCUCUCCCACCUACACCCCCACACAUACUUCCCUAGCUACAUGAGAAUUAUGGAAGGCAAAAUAUUUUUCUCUAAGUUGAAGAACCAUAAUGAGCUUGAUGAAACCAUACCUAAACCCAUUGACAUCUUUUUUGGUUAGUAGCCAAGAGCAAACCAUUUGCACCACCUAAGGACCAACUAAAAACCACGUCUAAACCCAUUGCCUAAAAAAAAAAAAAAAAACCCAUUGCCUAGUUGGCCUUUAUUAGGACCUCAUUAAGAGUCAUGAUUGAUUGAGUCAGUCCAUCUCCCAUAAAGUCAACUGGUUUUUCUGGCAUGGCUAGCCCCCACCUGAGUCACCUCGUUAGCAUAAACCAUCAGGUGUGGUCUGGAGGCCUCAUAAAAGAUAGUCAAUGGGGAAUUCCUAAGCUUUUAGAGGUUAUCACACAGGAACCAAGGACAAAGAAAUUCUUUCAGUAGAGUUAAUGUAAGGCCCACAGGUGACUUGGUUGAGGAUUCUGGUAUCUCUGUGACGUAACUUCUGCUAAGUUUUAUUUGUAUGUGUCCUACAUAAGGCAGAGACUAGGUAUCUCCAUUGUAUCUCCAGUCUGAUGCAGCACCGCCCCUUCCCUCCUCUUCCUUCAUGGUUAGAGUGUGGUUGAGAAGCUGUAAAUAGAGAAAUCUGUCUUGUGACCAUGAGAUAAAAAGCAUGAGCAGAAAAGCCACACACUAAAGAUGACAGAGCAGAAAUGUAGAAAGAGCUUGAGAUAUUAAUGACAUUUCAUUGCUCCUGCAUCAGGCCUGGACUCCCUGUGUUUGAACUUCUUAUUCUUUUAGACAACGAAUCUGCUAACAGAAAAAAAAAAAAAAAAUUGAGAAUUAGAAUGUCCAAAGGAAACAGCAAAGGUGCUUUUGAAACCACCAUUUCCUUUUGGUUGAGUAAGUCUCAAAAUUGUCGGAUUAUGCUGGCUACAUUAUUUCUUUUGCCAAUUUUGUCGUUUAUUCCUCUCUGAAAUGUAAACAUUCAGGUUAUGUUCAGAUGCCUAACAAAUUUAAAUCAGGUAUGACUAUAGCUAGCAGCAAUAUUCAGUAUGACAUAGGUACUUCAUAAACCCACACUUUUUAAUUAAAAAUUUACUUGCAAGUUACCAUUAUCCUGUUUGGUAGUUAGGCCACUGUAAAUGGAUUUUUGUCCAACUAACAUCCCUCCUUUCCCUUCAGAAACAACCUCAAGACAAUGAAACUCAAAAUGCAAGAGUUUCUGUUUAAUGGACUUCUUCUCAGAGUGUAAAUACUCAUGCAAAUCUAUGAAAUACAAUCAUGUUUAUUGUCUUAGUUAUCUAGUGCUGCUAUAACAGAAAUACCACAAGUGGAUGGCUUAAACAAAGAGAAAUUUAUUCUCUCACAGCCUAGUAGGCUAAACACCCAAAUUCGGGGUAUCAUCUCCAGGAGAAGCCUUUCUCUCUGUGUUGGCUCUGGAGGAAGGUACUUGUCAUCAAUCUUCCCUGGUCGGGGAGCUUCUCAGUGCAGGGAUCCUGGAUCGAAAGGACACCCUAUUCUCCCAGUUUUUGUUUCUUGAUGGUGUGAGAUCCCCCUGUCUCUCUACUUGCUUCUAUCUUUUAUGUCUCAAAAUAGGUUGAUUUAAAACAAAACCUAAUCUUAUAGAUUGAGUCCUGCAUCAUUAACAUAACUGCCCUUAAUCCUGCCUCAUUAACAUUAUAGAGACACAUAGGAAAAUCACAUCAAGUGACAAAAUGGUGGACAAUUACACAAUACUGGAAAUCAUGGUCCAGCCAAGUUGACAUAUAUAUGGGGGGCACACAAUUCAAUCCAUGACAUUUAUUAGUGGUUUAAUACAUUGACAUGUCUUAGUAGCUCAACACACACACAAAAAAAGAAAUAGAAUAUAUUUAGUCCUAGUUUUCUUCUUCUUUGAGUUUUAAGUCAAAGUGUGUCCUCCUACAUUUCCACACCUGUGAGUGAAGUUGUAAAUUGUGGUCUCAUCAGUGAUGGAUAUACUCCUUAUAAAAGGACCAUCAGUAAAAACUCACUUGUUUCUGUGUGACUGUGUUUGGCUUUGGCUUUGUUGACUUUGAUUUUAGAUCUCAGAUGACCUCGGAUAAUGACCAAUGAUAAACUUCCUGUUUGGUUUCUGGUCAAGCUGGCUAUUUCCCAGUCCUUCUUCUCUGUCUGAUUCAUCGUUCCUGGCACUGACUUUGGCCUAAGCUUUUAACCCUCUUUUCAAUGGCAGCCCCAUGGAAUCCUGACUGAGCCUGUGUACGUUGGGUUAAUAAAACUGGUAAUCCCCUGGCAGGAUUGAUCAAGGAAAAAAAAAAAAAAAAUAGAGAAAAGAAGAAUUACCAACAUUUGGAAUAAAACAAGGGGCGCCACUAGAAAGCCUAGAGAAAUUAAAAGAAUAGUAAGUGAAUAUAAUUAAUAACUUUUUGGCAAUAGAUUCAAGAGUUGAGAGGGAAUGGACAAAUUCUUGAAAGAUACCACUUCCAAAACCAACAUGAGAAUAAGUAGAAAAGCUGAAUGGUUUUAUGUCAAGAAUUGUGAAGGGUCUAAGAUUUUAUGCUAUUUGCAAGCUAACAAAUUACCACAGCUUCAAGGAUACUGAAAGAAGAUACAAGACUCCUGGGCCAGAGACGGAGGACAAUAUUUUACUUACAGCAAUAUUUGUGAUUUAAAGCUUUUAAAAAAACAUGCUUGUUUAUUAAAAUUUGUUUUUGUUAAAGAUAUACGUACACAUAAAUUAAGAAAUCAAAUAAUUCUCUAUGGCCUGUAAUAAAAACAUAGUUGUCCCUCGGAGCCACAGCUGACAGGUCAUGGUUUACAAGCUGUUUUAGCAACGAACCUGCUAACAGAAGAAAAAAAAUUGAGAAUUAGAAUGUCCAAAGGAAACAGCAAAGGUGCUUUUGAAACCACCAUUUCCUUUUGGUUGAGUAAGCCUCAAAAUUGUCAGAUUAUGCUGGCUACAUUAUUUCUUUUGCCAAUUUUGUCUUUUAUUCCUCUCUGAAAUGUAAACACUCAGGUUAUGUUCAGAUGCCUAACAAAUUUAAAUCAGGAAUGACUAUAUCUAGUGGCAAAAUUCAGUGUGAUAUAGGUACUUCAUAAACCCAAACUUUUUAAUUAAAAAUUUACUUAGAAGUUACCAUUAUCCUAUUUGAGAGAAUUUAUAAUGAUUUUUAAUAUUUAGCCAUCACAAUUAUCUGAAGAUAACUGGUACCAGAAAAAGACUGUUUAAAACAAAUCUACUUUAACCAAAAAUUCAAAAUAAAUUGUGGAGUAAGGGAUUUAAAUGGGGUUUUAUUUUGAAAAAUGAAAGUAAAACUUUGGAAAUUGAGUUCAUCCCUCCUCCCCCUCAUAUUUAAAUGCUUAAGUGAGAGUUCAAUUAUGGAUUAAUUUUUAGAAACAAAAAAGAAUAAAAUGAGUGUAAAGAAAUUCCACAAUAUUUUUGGCAAAGUUAUGUGGUACACAGAACAGCAUAUUUUUUUUCACAUUUGACUUUCAAAGUAAAAAAUAAAAGCAUUGCCAUCGAGUUGAUUCCAACUCAUAGUGACCCUAUAGGACAGAGUAGAACUGCCCUCCCAUAGAGUUUCCAAGGAGAGCCUGGCGGAUUUGAAAUGCUGACCUUUUGGUUAGCCAUUGAACUCUUAGCCACCACACCACCAGGGUUUCCUACUUCAGCGUAAAGGGGGUCAUUUAAAAAGGUACAAGAGGUCAUCAUCAAUUUUCCAAAGAACUCCCAUAAUCUUUUGACAUUUAAAUCAUUCUCAUAUUAAGGCCUAAUGGAGCCAUUAUUUGUUGAUUUGUUCUCCUUUAAAUGCUAACUAAUUAUAGUCAGUUGCUUAUCUCCCAGUGGUUUUCAUAUAAAUUUCUGAAAUCCUGAAUCUUUUGUAAGAAUUGCAGUUUUACUUUGCAGUUGACUUAUCACAUUUGUAUUGUAUUGUUGGAUGUUGACACUACUGCAAAAUUAGCAAAAACCCUACCAAGAUGUUGACUCUUCCUACAAGGAUUAAGAAUUAAUGAUAGGAGACAGGAAUGUUUGAGUAGAAAGUCAUUAUAUAAGUUUAUUAGUGAGUUUUGUGUGUGUGUGUGUGCUUUGACUUCUUUUGCUACCCUAUGCUACCUUGUAACUUUGAGGACUUGAAUAUGAAUAUUGGAUAAUGAGAAUGAUUAUAUUAUAGUUGUUAUCCAAGUGUGUGUUAGGACAGAAUUCUAUAGAAUUUUCUGAUAUUAGGUUGGGGUGUCGUCAUCUACUUCUUUCUAAUUUUAAGCUCAUAUAGAUAAGAAACUUGAAUUUCAAAAUGAUUUGGAGGAUCAAACAAAUAGGAUCUUCUUUUAAAUAUAAGAUUAUACACACAGUUUAUAGCUGAAAAAUCUUCCUAAAUUGUUACCAGCCCAUAUUAGUCACAAUAUUCAUACUGAUCAUGAAUUAUUUAUUUAGACAUCACUAUCUUAAACAUACAUUAGCCACAAUGUAAUUUUAAAUUUUCUAGUACCCACACUAAAAAAAUAAAAACAAACAGGUAAAAUUAAUCAGGGUAAUAUAAUUUAUUUAAUUCAAUAUAUCUAGAAUACUAUUAUUUCAACAGGAAAUUAAUUUUUUUAAAUAUUAAUGCGAUAGUUUACAUUCUUUUUGCAUUACUAAGUCUUUGAAACUUGGUGUGUGUUUUACACUUGCAGCACAUCUCAAUUUAGACUAGCCACAUUUCAGUGCUCAGUAGCCACACGGGGCUGGUGGCUACAGUAUUAGACAGGAAGUGCCUGGGCUCUAGAGCAUGUCUGCUACAAUAUUCAAGUAAGCUUCUGUUUACUUAAUAUGACUUGAGGUGGGGAAGUCUCCUGAAUCAGAGUGACAGACAGUAGAGAGAUGACAUAAUAAUGAAGACAGCCUACACUUGCCUCACAGUUUAGUGGAAAAGAAAGACAUGUAUGAAAAAGAAGUAACGGAGCACAGAGGAAAGGCAUUGCCUAGGAAUUCAGAAAAUGCAUCACAGAAAAGGUAACAUUUGAAUUAGGCCUUAAAGGUUGAGUAGAACUCGACAGAGAAUGAAGGGAGAAAAGGGCAGUCUGGUUAGCAGGAACAAAGGCACUGAAUCAUGGAAGAGCCUGGCAUUUGGGGUUUGCUGAAAAGCUAAAUGUAGCUGAACUACAGGGGAUCAGGGGUCCAGGUUGGCUAGGUGGCCUAAGGACUGCAGAAAAGUUUGGAUCAACUACUGUUGAAAAUUAAAAAAAAAAAAGGGAGGGGGGGAGAUCUGAUUUAAAGUGUCGCCAAGCAACAGCAAAUUUUGGGAUGUCCUUCAGCGCGGUUUUUCCAAUUUCGUAUAGUUCUAUUUAGUAGAAGAUGUCCAUGGGUGGUGCAAAGAGUUAACUCGCUCAGUUGCUAACCAAAAGGUUGGAGGUUUGCAUGCACCCAGACUGCCUCAGAAAAAAGGUCUGGUGAUCUACUUCCAAAAAUCAGCCAUGGAAAUCACUAUAGAGCAUAGUUUUACUCUAAAAUAUAUGGGGUGGCCAUGAGUUGAAAGUGACUCGACAACAACUGGUUUUGGUACUUAGUAGAAACUAAGGUAACAAAUUUUUUUGAUCAAUGAUUGGCUGAGCUAAUUCAUAGGAAUGUAAUGAGAGUGAGACUACUGAAGAUACUGGUAGAACAUGGUUGUGAUUAGUGAUUAUUGGUGCCAGCUAUAGAAAAAAAAAAGUUGGGGUGGACUGAGAGAAUAAGUAGAUAUAAGAAGCCUGUGAGGGGGCCAAGAUGGCUGACUAGGUAGAAGCUACCUCUGAUCCCUCUUGCAACAAAGACUCGGAAAAACAAGUGAAUCGAUUACAUACAUGACAAUCUACGAACUCUGGCCAUCAAACACAGAUCUAAAGAGUUGACCUGAGUGACAGAGACUGAGAACGAGCAACCAUGGGGAAGCAAGAACUGCUUUUGGAGCCUGGAGCCAGUGUCCCAUUCAGAAAACCUUGGUGCCGGGCUUUGGACGGGGUGCAGGGGAGCUGAGCACGGCAUCCUGAGGUGGCACAAACAUGGGAUGCAGCCCUAGCCCCCAGAAGUGACCUCAGGGGAAGCCAAGCCGGUGCACGCAGGCAGCAGCACAGCGACACGGCUGACAGGAGGAGAAGUCACAGGGAGGCAGCAACUGAUUUUGGAGCCUGGAGUGCAGCGUCCCAGCCGGGGAACCUUGGCGCUGGGCUUUGGACUGGGAGUGGAGGAACUGACCCCGGCUUCUGAGACAGCACAAGCACAGGAUGCAGUCCUGACCCUCGGGGGCAGUCUCAACCCAGCCAACGCACACAGGCUACACACACCUCGGAAAUCUCAGAUAAAACAGUCAUCACCAAGCAAGAUAAGUAACUUUGUCUGUAUUCUGGGGUGCUACUCUCUCCUAUCUAUCUGAUCCCUCCCCUCCCCUUCCCAGGUGGCUUCAUUAACAUUGGAAUUUCCUGAGUCAGAGAGUGAAGUGCUCUGCGGUUUUUGUUUUUGAUUUUGGUCUUUUCCUAACCCAUUCUCCUGGCCUGAGAGAAGCAGCUACAAAAAACCCAGGGACCAAAAAUCCUUCCCUGACUUCCUGAAAUUGGACUAAAAAUAUAGAACCAGCUCCAUCCAAGCAUAUGAGAUCCACAGUCUUGGGCUUUCAUCACUAUAGGGAACAAGGUGGCUAUUAUAAUGCAAAGGCAAUUCUGAUAGGGAUCUGACUGUAAUUGUUUUAGCAGAUUACUGGAAAGACAAGUUUACCAGGUCUGAUAUCUCUGCAUAUUAAACAGAGCCCUCACUGACCAACAAUGGCGAACUGAGGGCUGAAGCUCCCCCCAGAUCACCUAGCCUCGUGCCUUAGGGGUCUGAGGAUGGUGAUACCUACCAAUCUGUAGAGGUACAUGCAUUGGGUGCCUAAGGUACAGCUGCAGAGACCACCAACCAAAGUGCUUUAGGAAUAGAGACACACCUACCUCACUGGCACUUGGGGGAACCCUGUCAGCAUCCUGCCCCCCUUGGAGUGUGACCCCCUGCUGCUACUAGAAUCUGGUGCACACAACUAUCACCACUGCUCCACUAGGUGGAUAGGUGACAGUCUGCACCACACACCUGGUGACCCAAAAUCAGAUUCUACUCAAGAAUAGUGAAUGGACUCUUAGGCUUAUAUAUCUGGUAACAGCCCAAACCAGCUGGUAAUAGGACAUAAGUGAUUCAAGGGCUACAACAAUCAAGACAGCACAAUCUAGUAGCCCAUCUACAUAUAUUGAGAGAAAACAAGAUAAGACUCAGUGAGCAAAUGUAAAAUAAAUCAUUACAAUAUCUUAUAGAUGGCUCGGAGACAGCAGUCGAUAUCAAACCACAUAAAGAAGCAGACCAUGAUUGGUUCUACAACUCCCCAAACAAAAGAAUCAAAAUCUUUCCCAAAUGAAGAUACAAUCCUGGAAUUGCAGAUGCAGAAUAUUAAAAACUAAUUUACAGAAUGCUUCAAGACAUCAGGGAUGACCUCAGAAAUGAAAUAAGGCAAUCUACACAAAAAGCCAAGGAACACACUGAUAAAGCAGUUGAAGAAAUCAAAAAAUUAUUCAAGAACAUAGUGGAAAGAUUAAUAAGUUGCAGGAAUCCAUAGAGAGACAGCAUUCAGAAAUCCAAAAGAUUAACAGUAAAAUUACAGAAUUAGACAACUCAAUGGGAAGUCAGAAGAGCAGAAUCAAACAAUUGGAAUGCAGAGUGGGGGAGCUGGAGGACAAGGGAAUUGACACCAAUAAAGCUGAAAAAAAAUCAGAUAAAAGAAUUAAAAAAAAUGAAGAAACCGUAAGAGUCAUGUGGGACUCCAUCAAGAAUAACUUGCAUGUGAUUGGAGUUCCAGAACAGGGAGGGAUAACAGAAAAUACAGAAAGAAUAGUUGAAGACCUGUUGGCAGAAGACUUCCCUGACAUCAUGAAAGAUGAAAGGAUAUCUAUCCAAGAUGCUCAUCGAACCCCAUAUAAGACUGAUCCAAAAAGAAAAUCACCAAGACAUAUUAUCAUCAAACUUGCCAAAACCAAAGAUAAAGAGAAAAUUUUAAAAGCAGCCGGGGAUAAAAGAAAGGUCUCCUACAAAGGAGAAUCAAUAAGAAUAAGUUCAAACUACUCAGCAGAAACCAUGCAGUCAAGAAGGCAAUGGGAUGACAUAUAUAGAGCACUGAAGGAGAAAAACUGCCAGCCAAGGAUCAUAUAUCCAGCAAAACUCUCUCUCAAAUAUGAAGGUGAAAUUAAAACAUUUACAGAUAAACACAAGCUUAGAGAAUUUGCAAAAACCAAACCAAAGCUACAAGAAAUACUAAAGGAAAUUGUUUGGUGGGAAAAUCAAUAAUAUCAGAUACCGGCACGACACAAGGUCACAGAACAGAACAUCCUGAUACCAACUCAAAUAGGGAAAUCACAAAAACAAAUUAAGAUUAAUUUUAAAAAGAAAAAAAUGCUCAAAACAGGGAAUCAUUGAAGUCAAUAUGUAAAAUAUCACAAUAAUCAGAAAGAGGGACUAAAUACAGGAGGCAUAGAACUGCCAUGUGGAGAGGAAAAGAAGGUGAUACAAGGACAAUACAAGUUAGGUUUUUGCGUAGAAAAAUAGGGGUAAAUAUUAAGGUAACCACAAAGAGGUAUAACAACUCCAUAACUCAAAAUAAAAACCAAGAAAAACAUAACUCAGUAAACAUAAAUUCAACUACUAUGAAAAUGAGGAACACACAAUUUACAAAGAAAAACAGCACAAAAAAGUAAGUGGAAAAAUGAAAUUGUCAACAACACACACAAAAAGGCAUCAAAAUGACAGCACUAAACACAUAAAAAAAAAGAAAGAAAAAAAAAACAUAUCUAUAAUUACGCUGAAUGUAAAUGGACUAAAUGCACCAAUACAGAGACAGAGAGUCUCAGACUGGAUAAAGAAACACGAUCCGUCUAUAUGCUGCCUACAAGAGACACACCUUGGACUUAGAGACACAAACAAACUAAAACGCAAAGGAUGGAAAAAAAUAUAUCAAGCAAAAAAGAGCAGGAGUAACAAUAUUAAUUUCUGACAAAAUAGACUUUAAAUCCACCACAAAGGAUAAGAAGGACAUUACAUAAUGAUUAAAGGGACAAUUGACCAGGAAGAUAUAACCAUAUUAAAUAUUUAUGCACCCAGUGACAGGGCUGCAAGAUACAUAAAACAAACUUUAACAGAAGUGAAAAAUGAGAUAGACACCUCCACAAUUAUAGUAGGAGACUUCAACACACCACUUUCGGAGAAGGACAGGACUUCCAGUAAGAAGCUCAAUAGAGACACGGAAGAUUUAAUUGCUACAAUCAACCAACUUGACCUCAUAGACUUAUACAGAACACUCCACCCAACAACUACAAAGUAUACUUUUUUUUCUAGCGCACAUGGAACAUUCUCUAGAAUAGACCACAUAUUAGGUCAGAAAACAAUCCUUUGCAGAAUCCAAAACAUCAAAAUAUUACAAAGCAUCUUCUCAGACCAGAAGGCCAUAAAAGUGGAAAUCAAUGACAGAAAAAUCAGGGAAAAGAAAUCAAAUACUUGGAAACUGAACAAUACCCUGCUCAAAAAAGACUGGGUUAUAGAAGAUAUUAAGGAGGGAAUAAAGAAAUUCAUAAAAUGCAAUGAGAAUGAAAACACUUCCUAUCAAAACCUCUGGGACACAGCAAAAGCAGUGCUCAGAGGUCAAUUUAUAUCAAUAAAUGCACACAUACAAAAAGAAGAAAGAGCCAAAAUCAGAGAACUGUCCCUACAACUUGAACAAGUAGAAAGUGAGCAACAAAAGAAUCCAUCAGGCACCAGAAGAAAACAAAUAAUAAAAAUUAGAGCUGACCAGUGUCAGUUAAUUGGGGAAAAGAUAGUCUUUUUAACAAAUGGUGCUGGCAUAACUGGAUAUCCAUUUGCAAAAAAAUGAAACAGGACCCAUACCUCACACCAUGCACAAAAACUAACUCCAAGUGGAUCAAAGACCUAAACAUAAAGACUAAAACGAUAAAGAUCAUGGAAGAAAAAAUAGGGACAACCUCAGGAGCCCUAAUACAAGGCAUAAACAGAAUAUAAAACAUUACCAAAAAUGAUGAAGAGAAACCAGAUAACUGGGAGCUCCUAAAAAUCAAACACCUAUGCUCAUCUAAAGACUUCACCAAAAGAGUAAAAAGACCACCUACAGACUGGGAAAGAAUUUUCAGCUAUGACAUCUCUGACCAGCGCCUGAUCUCUAAAAUCUGUAUGAUUCUGUCAAAACUCAGCCACAAAAAGACAAACAACCCAAUCAAGAAGUGGGCAAAGGAUAUGAACACGCACUUCACUAAAGAAGAUACUCAGGCAGCUAACAGAUACAUGAGAAAAUGCUCUCGAUCAUUAGCCAUUAGAGAAAUGCAAAUUAAAACUACGAUGAGAUUCCAUCUCACUCCAACAAGGCUGGCAUUAAUCCAAAAAACACAAAAUAAUAAAUGUUGGAGAGGCUGCGAAGAGAUUGGAACUCUUAUACACUGCUGGUGGGAAUGUAAAAUGAUAGAACCACUUUGGAAAUCUAUCUAGCGUUAUCUUAAACAGUUAGAAAUAGAACUACCAUACAACCCAGAAAUCCCACUCCUCGGAAUAUACCCUAGAGAAAUAAGAGCCUUCACACAAACAGAUAUAUGCACACCCAUGUUUAUUGCAGCUCUGUUUACAAUAGCAAAAAGCUGGAAGCAACCAAGGUGUCCAUCAACGGAUGAAUGGAUAAAUAAAUUGUGGUAUAUUCACACAAUGGAAUACUACGCAUCGAUAAAGAACAGUGACGAAUCUGUGAAACAUUUCAUAACAUGGAGGAACCUGGAAGGCAUUAUGCUGAGCAAAAUUAGAGGCAAAAGGACAAAUAUUGUAUAAGACCACUAUUAUAAGAUCUUGAGAAAUAGUAUAAACUGAGAAGAACAGAUACUUUUGUGGU